GCUGCAAGCGAGGCUAGGAAUGAAAACGGUAUAUAUAGCCUAUACAUCCGCACGUUGGCAAAGCUGUUAGGAAGCCGUGCGUCCGGUCUCACAGGGUCAAGAUGAAGCUGUGCGCAAUUGUCCUCGUAAUCAGCUCGCUGCUGUACUUGAAAAGCGGCACAACGUCAGCGAGCUCCGACAUCGUUGGAGCCCAAGACGCACUCGAGCAAAAACUUCUUGCCUAUUCGAGGACCUUUCAAGACGCAGACGCCUGUGGCUACAAAGUUGUAGGGGCUCUGAUCGGAAUGUGUAUUGAGAAAACCAAUGACGCCAACAAAUUUGCUUACACUAUGGAUCUGAAACGGUGCUUUGAGGAGAAUAGGCUGAAAGAUUGUCCAGAGACCAUGCGUUAUUUGAUUGAAGCGGCUGGUUCUAUGGAAGCAGGGAUGCUAGGUUGAGCGCACACCUAGCGCACCACCUACCAAAUGCCAUUUAGUGUGGCUAUUCUAUAGUCCAAGCCACCAGGACAAAAACUGCGCAAGUUUCAUUCCAAUCGACGGUGCAAUUAAUUAGAAAAUUACAAUUAAAGAUUACGGGCAAAACUGUA